GCGAGAAAGGACAGCAGCCCAUUUCACUUUAUGCUGUCGGGAGAGAUGCUGGCGAGCUGUGCGCUUCGUGGUGGUGGUGCUGUGCGGGUGUUGUGUGGCGGCGUGCGGAUGCUGUGCGGUGUGCGGGCAAGCAGGCUGCAGCCGUGGACGCAGCUGCGUCGCGUAACGGGAGGCAGCAGUGUCAGGGCGAACAACCCAAGGGCGGUAUUUGGCGCAGGUACGAGAUGGACGCAGACGCGCUGCAUUUCAUCGUCAUCCACGACAAGAAGAGCGGCGUCCAGUUCUGCCGAGGGCAGUGUGUGCUGGAGCUGUGGCAAGCCUGCGGGAGCCAGCGGUGCCUUCUUCUGUGCUGCCUGCGGUACCAUCCAACCCCCGCACAAGGGCACACCCAACUACUUUUCUGUCCUCGACUUGCCAGCGGCGUUUGAUGUGGAUCUAUCCAAGGCAGAACAGACCUUCCGCUCGCUCCAGACAAAGUUGCACCCAGAUCGGUUCGGCAUGAAGUCCGAGAAGGAGCAAGAGUAUUCAGGCCAGCAAUCUGCGGUUGUCAACGACGCGUACAACGCCAUCCGCACGCCUCUUAGUCGCGCCCUCCACCUGCUGGACUUGAAUGGAAACGGCGUUGCAGAGCAGGAGAAGGCAACAGACAUUGAGUUCCUCAUGGAGGUGAUGGAGUUGAAUGAGCAGCUGGCGGAAGCAACGACGGAGGAUGCCCUCCUUGCUUUCGAGGAAUCACUCACAGCUCGGCGCGACGAAACACUGAAGACGAUGGCAGACACGUUCAGAGCUGGCGAUAUGGCUGCAGCGAAGGAGGCGACGCUGGCGCUGCGGUACUUUGACAACUUGCAGGACCAAGUGCACGACCGCCUGGACGCCGUCUAGCUGCUUGUUUGAUGCUCGGUGGUGGUUAGCGGUUGCUGGUGCUUGCUGAGCUUGGUUGCACAGGUUAAUGUAACACAGCAAACAACAGCAGAAGCAGCAGAAGCCACGCAAGGGUGGCGCAAUGGAAACAUGCAAACCCACACAAACAACCAGAGAACAACAACACAGUGCUCUUGUGCU